CACAUUAUGCAACUCUUCAAUUCCACCCGGGGGGACACUCGACCCUGUCCUGAGUGGUGGAUGCUGCACAGAGAUAAGUGUUAUUACUUUUCCACCAACAAGACAACAUGGAAUAAGAGCGAGGAGGACUGCAUCUCACGGGGGGCUCAACUCAUCGUGGUGGAAGACCAAGAGGAUCUGGAUCUUCUCCGUCAGCAGUCUAGAGUCCAUUUAUCUUUUUGGAUUGGACUGAGAAGAAAAGAAGCCUGGGAGUGGAUUAAUGGACAGGCUUUUAAUCCCAGCUGGUUCAGUUCUGAUUCGACAGACAGAGGGGACUGUGCCUGUCAGACUGUGGUGGGCAUUCAUAGUGUCAUAUGUAGUAAGAAUCAGCACUGGAUCUGCCAGAAGGGAGCCGCUGACAUGUGACGAUACGGGGAAAGACUGCAGAACUGAAGACAAGACCCUGUAUGCUGCCAUCUUUGUAUAGACAUUGUGU